UAAACAAGUGUCGUCUCGCAGAUCGGAACGGAAGGACGGGGAAAGAGUCCUGAGCAAGUCCGUGAUCAGUAAGUUGUGCCACUAUCCUUGAAUCGCGCGAGAAUAAGACAGUCAUGGAGUCGUCAGAUAGGAAGAACGUGUAUCUUACGAAGACCGGCGACAACUCUUUGAACUCUGGAAUGAGGGAGACUAUGAUCGUCGGCCAGGCCAACAUGGCACCAGAAUGCGGUGGAGAAGGUGUGAUGAAGUCCAAUAACGUGACCAACGUUUCCGCUAAUCAGGCAAAGUGGUCUAAUACUCCUGGCCCUAAAAAUUACAUCAUCAACUCGGUGCCGGUGAAGAACGAGAUCGUACAUCUCGAAGACGGUAAUGCGCAUUGCAACAACAAGAAAGUGUAUUACUAUGAUAGACAUUACACCGGACACGAGGAGCCAGAGAGGCCGACGCGUAGAGGAACGAAGAGAUACAGGGACAAGGAUGCACCAAAACGAGCGUUAUCUGCAUUUUUCUACUUCUGCCAAGAGCUGCGCGGCAAGAUGAGAGAAUUGCACCCCGAGAUGGGAGUAGGUGAUAUUGCAAAGGAAUUAGGAAAAUUGUGGAUGAGCACGGAUCUACAGACAAAAUCCAAGUACAUGGCCAUCGCGGAGGAGGAUAGAGCCCGAUACGAAAGGGAAAUCAUCGCCUACAACAAGAGAGUUAAAAAUUACGACCCGGAAGAAGUUGGGACCGUAUAAAUCGUAAUGCGGACCCAUGGGACGGACAAGGAUGACAACAUUUAUUCUAAUUCGAGUAUUCGAAUGCAACAGAUGAGCUGCAACAGACGAGCGAGGGUUCAUGCUUGCGACAGACAAGCGAGUUUUACUACUAACCUAGAAUUAUCGUUGUAUAUAUUAUGUAUACUGUUGAUAUUGUCCGAAAAAGAAAGAAAUUGUGUCACAAAAAUUCGGUUAUAUACUUACGAU